UCAGCCUACUAUAAAAGCACUUUUCUUCUAUCGCUCUGAAUUGCAGCAGAAGGUUUCCAUGCUCCCAAUUCCCACUUGGAAUUCCUUGAUCUGCUCUCCGUUUCAUGAGCUGCUCCUACUUUUCUUCUCCGAUCUCACAUCAUGAAGUGCUUCCACUUUCCGAGCGCAGAAGUAUCGGGCGAGAAGGGGCUCGCGGGCGGCGGAGAAGGGAUGGGGAGCUGGGCGGCUAAGGUCCCGUGGGCCCGGUCGUUGAGCGUCGCAUCCAGCUCCUCGGAAGCAAGGAGGUCGGGUUUCGAGUUCAGCUCAAGCGAGGAAACGUGGAGGGUGGAGAGGAGGCCGGAAGGGCUGAGGGCAUUUGGUUUUGAGGAGCUGAAAGCAGCUACAAGGGGAUUCAGCCGAGCGAUGAUGAUCGGGGAGGGAGGAUUUGGGUGCGUGUACAGAGGAGUGAUCAGCGUUUCAGGGGACGAGGAAGGUGAUGGUGGCGUUAAGACCAUGGAUGUCGCCGUGAAGCAGCACAACAAGUACGGAUCGCAGGGACAUAGAGAAUGGGUUACAGAAGUCAACUAUUUGGGUGUUGUCAAGCAUCAAAAUCUUGUAAAAUUAGUUGGCUAUUGUGCUGAAGAUAAUGAGAGAGGGAUUCAAAGGCUCCUGGUUUAUGAACUAAUGCUCAACAAGAGCUUGGAUGAUCACUUAUUGGCACGAGUUCCAUCAAAACUCUCCUGGGGGUUGAGAUUAAAAAUUGCCCAGGAUGCUGCACGGGGCUUAGCAUAUCUUCAUGAAGAAAUGGAUUUCCAGUUAAUAUUUCGAGAUUUUAAGUCUUCAAAUAUUCUGCUAGAUGAAUAUUUCAAUGCAAAGCUCUCGGAUUUUGGACUUGCUAGACAUGGACCGUUAGAAGGAUUUUGUCAUGUCUCCACCUCAGUCGUGGGAACCGUAGGAUAUGCAGCACCUGAAUAUGUCCAGAUGGGAAAGCUGACAUCAAAGAGUGAUGUUUGGAGCUAUGGAGUAGUACUUUAUGAGAUCAUCACCGGAAGAAGGUCCAUUGACAGAAACCUUCCAAGAAAUGAGCAGAAACUCUUAGAUUGGGUGAAACCCUAUUCUACCGACCCCAAGAAAUUUCACAUUAUAAUCGAUCCUAAACUUAAAGGCAACUACUCAGCAAAAUCAGUUCAGAAGCUGAUUGCUUUGGCAAACAAAUGCUUAAUGAAGCGACCGAAGGACCGUCCUCCAAUGAGCAAAGUCGUUCAGAUUCUUGAUGAGAUCAUUGAGAUGCCAAAUGAAGAAUCUGCAUCAUCAGAUGUAGGAGGGGACUGUGAUGAUGAAGGGAAGAUUCCAGUUAUAGAUAGCAUUAGAAAUCGCAUAAGAGUUUUUGAUUUCAAGGAUUUUGCCAGUAUCAGGAACAGAACUAUGGGGAGGUUGGAUUGGAAGGCUUUAGCUCCAGGACCUGUAAUGGAACUUGCAAGAGCAUGGGGAUAGCUUUGUAAGAGUAACUUUGUUUCCACAGAAGAGAAGAGAGCCCAAUGUUGUAAACCUUGUUGGAUGAGUUCCAAAUUAUAGUAUGUUUGUUCA